AUGCCCACGCAGCCUCUCCUGGCAUACAUGGACGGACCCGAGGGAAUCGCCAGCGCCGUGGGCGCCCAGAUGGAGACCAGCGAUGCCUCCAUGACGAUAAAAGGAACCAACACCAUCUCCUACAAAAGCCUGCAGGAGAAAUUCCUGCUGCAGGCCGAGGGCUGCAUGCCCCUGGACUGCAUGUUCUGUGAUGAGACUUUCAAGCACCCUGAGGAGCUGGGCAAGCACGUGUUAACUCAGCACAGGCCCACGCUGUGCGAGCCCGCCGUGCUCAGGGUGGAGGCAGAGUAUCUCAGUCCUCUGGAUAAAUGUCAGGUAAGAACCAGCUCCCCUUCCCCGAGCAACGAGCAGGACAGCGAAGAACUCAGCUGUAAAGUUUGUGGGCAAACGUUUGAUAAAGCUUUUGACAUUGAGGCACACAUGAAAAAACAUAAAGAUUCUUUCACCUAUUGGUGUAAUGUUUGUGGGCGAAGAUUUAAAGAGCCUUGGUUCCUUAAAAAUCAUAUGAGAACGCACACUGGAAAACCUGGUUCUAGAAACAAGCACCAACAAGGUUCUGAAGGCCCCAUAACAAUAAAUGAGGUGGUGCAGGAGCACGUAACUGAAAAUGUAACGUCACCUUACAAAAUUUGUAUGGUUUGUGGUUUCCUAUUUCACAAUAAAGAGACUCUAAUUGAGCACAGUAAAGUGCACACCAAAGAAUCAGUUCCCAACAGUGAAAGCCCCCAAGUGACUGCUGAAGUCAAUGCAGAAGAAACAUCUCAAAACCAGGAAUUUUUCCAGUUCUUGAACUUAAGACCAAAUUCGGUUCCAGAAAAGGACAAACUGCAGAAACUUGCCAAGUGGAUCGCUGAGCUGGAUCCUUUCACCACGUACCAAGCAUGGCAGCUGGCUACCAAAGGUAAAAUUGCAGUCGGCCACGGGCAGAUUAAAGAACCAGGGCAAGAAGGAAGUACAGACAACGAUGAGUCAUCUUCAGAUAAAGAAGAACUCUGUGAAAUUUGGAAUGCAAAUAAAGGUAGCCAGGCUGAAACUACAGGGAAGUCAAAGGUAAAUAAAAACAGCAGUUUCACAGGGAAUGGUAACUUAACCCAGGACAAACUGAAACAUCCCGCUGGUGAAGUGCCUUCUAUGGAGAUGGAUUCUAAAUCAUCCCAGAACAAAGAGAAGCCAACCCACUGCUCUGAGUGUGGGAAAGCCUUCAGGACAUACCACCAGCUGGUCCUUCACUCCAGAGUGCACAAGAGGGACCGGCGGGGUGAUGGAGAGACCUCCACUGCUGCCAGGACCUACUGUGCUGAUAUCAUUGCCAACCUGGAGGAGAACGGGGCAGCAGAGAGGAUGGAAGGAGGCUCUGAGGAUGGCUCUGAAGAUGGGCUUCCAGAAACAAUUAAUUUAGAUAAAAAUGAAGACAGUUUGGAAAGAACAAAAGUUAAAAGCCUUGGAACCUCCAGAGAAUGCAGCUACUGUGGAAAGUAUUUUCGCUCCAAUUAUUACCUCAAUAUUCAUCUCAGAACUCAUACAGGUGAAAAGCCGUACAAAUGUGAAUUCUGUGAGUAUGCAGCAGCCCAGAAAACCUCCCUGAGGUAUCAUUUAGAGAGACACCACAAGGACAGGCACGGUGACGGCGCAGCUGAUGGGAAGGGUGACAGCAAAGGUUCCCUGCGGGGUCAGGAGACCGCGCUGUCACUGGCUGCUGAUGCUGCUCCAGAAACCAAAAACCUGAAGAGGCUUUUUGAUGGUGCCAAAGAUGCUGAGAGCUGCCCACCUGCCAAGCAGCAAAAGGAAGUUCUUUCCUUGAGCAACGCAAUAGGCAGCACAGUCUUUUUAAGAGUAAAGAACAAUUCCAGGGAAUCGAACAAAGGUUCUGUUUGUAGCAGCUUGAAUCAAAUACCUGAGAACGUGCCCGCUCCUUACCCGGAAAAACUAAAGGCUGAGAAGGAAACCAAGGAACCUCAGCCUAAAAGAGAGAGAAAGGCUUCUGUGGCAUCAGAGGAAGAUGAUGUCCAGUAUAUCUGUGCUUUUAUUGGUGGGAAAAAUGUGAACAAUAUGCAAGAAUGCACUGAGAACUACAAACGCAGACCUGUCGUGGACUGUCACGAGCAGCCCUUGGAUUUAUCCAGUAAGACUUACCAGGAAUGUUCAGUGGUUGCAAGCAGAGGCCUGCUGGCCCCCAGCACCUGCCCCUUCUGUACCUACAGGACAUUUUACCCCGAGGUCCUCCUGAUGCACCAGAGGCUGAUGCACAAGUACAACCCCGACACGGUUAACAAGAACGGCUACAGGAGCAAGGCCGUGGCCAAGGCCCGGCGCACAGGCUGCCCCCCGGCCCUGCUGGGCAAGGAUGUGCCUCCUCUGCCUCUCCAUCCCAAUAAAAACAAGGCUUCCACAAACCCCCAGCAAAAACCACUGCAGGCAGGGAAAGCCAAGCAAUGUGCCCCUCCACAAAACAAAGCCCUUCUCUUUUCCGCGAGCGAGUCGAGCAGUACAGCCCCGAGUAACCUCAAGUUUCAUAAACAGCAAAGUAAUGUUGGAGCUCAGGCAAACAACUACAGACAACCUCAGCAAGAAGAAGUGCACUCCAAUUUCAGUAUCUCUCCAGUACUGGACAGAGUAAAAAGAUCUGACUAUAAAAUCAAAUCUCUGGGUGCCCCAGUGACUCAGUCUGGUCUGAUCAGCAGCAGCAUGAAUGGGGCUCUCGAGUCUCAGCUCAGUGAACCUGGCUGGGCUUGCCACCGGGGGAGAGACUAUCUCUGUAGUAAAUCUGGGAGCAAUGCAACUCUGGACUAUGGAGAAACCUCUUCCAAACGGAUGAAACCCUCUCUGGUAGCUGUGGAGCACUUGGACUCUCCUCUGGCUAAUUACAGGAGAUACGAAAUGAGCAGAUUUCGUGUUGCAAACAGAUAUGCAAAUCUGCUACCUCAGGAAUUCCCUCGCACCAAACCCUCAUCCUCUGUUCUGCCAACCAAACAAGGGCUCCUCAGUGCAGAUGAUGUUGAUCCUCCCAAUGUAUUGACUGCUCUCAAACCUUACGAGCCCUACAGCUCGGGAUCACCUUAUGGCUCUUGUGGAUCUAGCAAUGGCCAAGUCACCAGCUCGACAGGAGAAGGCAAGAGAUCAGUGUCAUACCAACAUUUACCCAGCAGUCUGCUGCAGAAGAGAAGUUACGAGCCCUUCGUGGGGAACACACCCUUCAGACCCAGUGACAAGAAGAACUGAAUCACUCAAGAAUGGUAAACAAACCUUCUGAACUUACUGUUCCUCAUAUGUUGCAUGAGGUGCUGUGCAGGAACCUUUGAUGCCACCAGCACAAGGAGAGCUUGUGAAAGUCUGAGCCUGAAAAAAUCAAAAUUUGCUCCUCCUUAGAAAAAUCACCAAAUGCUGGGGUGGCAGCACUGAUUGUCUGCAGUCGUGGUAAUGUGUGGGUGGGUUUUUUUUUUUAUUUGUUUUUUUGUUUUUUUUUUGAUAGGUACAAGAUGCUCCUUUAUGAAGAGAAAUGGGAGGGUACUGCUAGAUAAAUACAUUAAUUAGUGAUAAUUCCAGAGGGAGGUGUUCAGUGAAAGUCACAGGGUGAAGUCAGGAGGUCGAAGUUCAGUCAGUCCUUGCGGUGGAGGGGGCAGAUGUGGAGAGGCAGAAGGGAGAGCAAGUGCCACUUGUGGUCCUGGGGGGUUGUGUUGCUUGGGCUCUCCUGAAGGUGCAGACCCUGCUCAUUCUGCCCCUGCUGAGUUGAGCCAUCAGGAGUGCUCAAGCCACAGCUCAGAAGGGCUGGGUGAGUCCAGAAGGAAGGGAGGGCUUCUGACAGCUCCCGGGCAGCUUCUCUUUCCAUCCAGAGGUUAUUCCAGGCACUUUUCCCUGUGUUUAACAGAGGGGAGGGGGUGCCCUGCUGGGAAGGAGCCCAGGCUAAAGCUGACCCCUGGUGCUGUGAGCUCAUCUCCUGGUGCUGCAGCUGGGUCUGAGGCCUGAACACCCUCGUGUUUGCUGCAGCC